GAAGCUGGGAGGUCGCAUUACUAGGGCCGGGUUAGUUGGGCUGAAGGAACCAAAACAAGUGCCGGUUCUCUGCGUUUGCACCAGGCCUGCAGUGUGGGAAAUCGGGUGGUGCAGACCUGGGUGCGGAGGACACGGCGGGGUGUCGCGGGGACCUGAAACCUCCCGGAGCCGCAGUCUCCGCGCGGGCGGCCUGGGAAAGUCACAGCGCAGUGGCGGGAACCGCAGCCCGGCGGCCCUGGAACCUCCCAGGUCAGCAAGCCAUCUAUUCAUUGUUCCUGAAAGAGAAAGAAACAGAAAUAAUGGCUGAUUCUGCAGUUAAUCUGUCCCAGGCACUCCAGGCAGUCUUGCCCAACAUCAGUGAGACUGUCAAAGAGGAUCAGCUACCCUGCCAGGAGGGACACCCACCAGAUGAGCCAGAGAUACAACCUAUUGACUGGGUUUGGGUCAAGAAAUGUAUGGCCCAGCAGCUAGGAGGAAGGUAUACUGGACUGGUCCAGGUGAUCUUGGCCACACUGACUGCUGUUAAAGUAGCUGACAAGCCUUACUGGAUUCAGCAAAAUCAUCUACAGCUGACAAAACCUGAACAUGUGCCCAAGGAAUGGGUGGUAAGGCCCCUGGGACCUACCAAGGGUCUGUUGACCUUCUGGGAUAUAGCUGUGGACUUCUCCCAGGAGGAGUGGGAAUGCCUGGACUCUGCUCAGAGAACUUUGUACAUAGAUGUGAUGUUGGAAAAUUACAGCAACCUGGUCUAUGUGGAGAACUACUGCAUAUAUGAUACUGUCCAUCAACAUGUGAAUAAUGAAAAGGAGUCUUGUCAGUGUAAUGAGUUUGGCAAAGUGCUUCAUGACUGCUCCACAUGUGCACUUCAUAAAACAAGUGAAACUACAGAAAACUCUAAUAACUACAGAUGCAGUAACCACAGGGAUUCCUCCAUUGACUUAACAAACCCAGAUAGACAUGAAAGCAUGCACACUGAAGAAGAAUCUUACAAAUCUAAAGACCAUGAGAAGUCUUUAAAUUUGUGUUCCAACCUUACUGAAGAUCAGAGACUGUACACUGCAAAGAAAGAGCACAGGCAGGGAGAAUAUAAUGACUAUUUUGACUCUACAUACAGUUGUUUGCAACAAAAAUUCUAUGUUGGAGAGAAACCACACCAAUGUGGGAAAUGUGGGAAAUACUUCAGUACUGCCUUAAGCCUCACUGUACAUCAAAGAAUUCAUACUGGAGAGAAACCUUACAAAUGUAAAGAAUGUGACAAAUGCUUUACUGUGAAGUCAACUCUUACAAAGCACCAGAGAAUUCAUACUGGAAAGAAACCCUACAAGUGCACCGUUUGUAACAAAUCCUUUACACAGUCUUCCAGUCUGAAAACACAUCAGAGACUUCAUACUGGGGAGAAACCUUACCAAUGUAGAGAAUGUGGAAAGUCCUUUCAUCAGUCCUCAGCACUUAAAAGCCAUCAGAACAUGCAUACAGGAGAGAAGCCUUACAAAUGUAAGGACUGUGACAAAUCCUUUUCUCACUAUUCUAACUUCAGGAGACAUCAGAAAAUCCAUACUGCUGAGAAACAUUAUAGGUGUCAAGAAUGUGGCAAAGUCUUUCAUUGGCUUUCACACUUAAGAAGACAUUUCAGACUCCAUACUGGAGAGAAGCCUUACAAAUGCAAUGAGUGUGACAGUUCUUUUACUCACUAUUCAUCAUUUAGAAGACAUCAGAAAACUCAUUCUCUAGAGGAAUUGUAUGAAUGCAAAGAAUGUGGUAAAUCCUUUCUUGACUUAUCACAUCUUAAAAGGCAUUACAGAAUCCAUACUGGUGAGAAGCCUUACAAAUGUGAGGUAUGUGAUAAAUCCUUUACAUUGAACUCAACUCUUCGAAGGCAUCAUAAAAUCCAUACUGGGGAGAAACCUUAUAAAUGUGAGAUAUGUGACAAAUCCUUUUCUGUGACCUCAAAUCUUAGAACGCAUCAGAAAAUUCAUACUGGAGAGAAACUUUACAAAUGUAUGGAGUGUGACAAGUCCUUUACCCAAGACUCAUAUCUUAGAAUACAUCAGAGAAUUCAUACUGGAGAGAGACCUUACAGAUGCAGAGAAUGUGGAAAGUCGUUUCUUCAGUUGUCAGCACUUAAACGCCAUCAGAAAAUGCAUACUGGAGAGAAACCUUACAAAUGUAUGCAAUGUGACAAGUCCUUUACCCAGGACUCGCAUCUUAGAACACAUCAGAGAAUUCAUACUGGAGAGAGACCUUACACAUGUAGAGAAUGUGACAAAUCUUUUACUGAGUGUUCUACUCUUAGACAACAUCAGAAAAUUCAUACUGGAGAGAGACCUUACAAAUGUAUAGAAUGUGACAAAUCCUUUCCCCGUAACUCACAUCUUAGAAUACAUCAGAAAAUUCAUACUGGAUAGAGAACUUACAAGUGCAAAUAAUGUGAUCUGUCCUUUAUUCAGAUUUUGAAACUUAGAAAACAUCAGAAAAUUAAAACUGGAGGAAAAAUAAAAACAUUGCAAAUAAUGUGACAUAGCUUUAUCUGGAAUUGUCUACUUAGAAAUCACAAUAAUAGAAACAAGAAAAUGCAAAACUUGUGAAUGUCUUUAAUGAAGGUAUAAAUCUUAAAAAAUUUCACAGGGUUUAUAAGAAAAUAAAAUU